AUGUCCUCCACUACUGUCUCAGCCCCCUUAGACCCUACGUUCCGCAACUACACCCCCGAACAAGCCGCUGCCUACGCCCGUGGCCGCGGUGAAUCCGCUACCGAUGUUAUCCAGGAGACCCUAGCCUUCCACCUGGCCGGCGGAGGCAGCCUCGAGAUGGCCUUGGACGUGGGCUGCGGCACGGGCCAGGCAGCGCGUGUGCUAGCACCACACUUUUCGCGCGUGGUCGGCGUCGACCCCGGCGCGCAGAUGGUCGAGCAGGCACGGCAGGCUGCCGGCGAGACGAGGAGCGGCGAGCCCGUCGAGUUCGAAGUGCUGGCUGCCGAGGAGCUGGCGAGCUCGAGGAUCGUGCAGCCUGGGUCGGUGGACCUGCUCACGUCGGCCAUGGCGGCUCACUGGUUUCGCAUGGAUGAGUUCUGGAGACAAGCAGCGCGCAUGGUGAAGCCGGGUGGCACUGUGGCCUUAUGGACCCACGCGUCGCUAUUUUGCCACCCUUCCACGCCCAACGCCGCAGCCGUGCAGGAGGCUCUCAGCCACCUAGAAGACAGUAUCCUGGGGCCCUUUGAGGGUCCGGCCCUGCAUCUGUCACGCACCAUGUACGACACGCUUCCGUUGCCAUGGUCCAUCGAGCCGCCGGUCGCAGCGUUUUCGGCGGGCAAUUUUGUGCGCAAGGAGUGGAACCGCGGCGGGAAGCUCGAGGACGGGGCUGUCGACUUCUUCGCCGGCGGUAGGGAGCAGUCGCUCGACGAGCUCGCGCAGGGCCUCGAUACGGCGUCUAUGGUGACGCGUUGGCGGCAGGCUCAUCCUGACUGUGUAGGGACAGAAGAAGAUUGUGUGAGAGUGACUGUUCGUCGCAUAGCGGAGGUGGUGGGAAAGGACCAGGCUGAUAUCAGGCUGAAGCUGGGCAGUGCGACAGCUCUGUUGCUGUUCAGACGGGGUCCCGACUAG